CGGAGCAGCGGCAGCGGCGGGAGGGAGGCGCAGCCCGGCGGACCCAGCUCCGCUGCCCGUCGGCGCUCUCCCCGCGGAGGUUGGGGACCUGCUGCGGGGUGAUGGAGGAGCAUGGGUACCCUUCCUAUAGCGCCCGCAGCCCCGCCUGGGAGGAGCUGGAGUCCGGGAAGAUGGCCGGGGCCGAGUCGGGGAUGAGCGGCGCCGGGAUCCCGCUGCAGCCCCAGCCCCAAGCCCCGGCGGCGGCGGCAGGGCCGGCGGACGAGUCGUCGGACAGCGAAGGGGAGCACGAGGGCCCCCAGAAACUCAUCCGGAAAGUGUCCACCUCGGGCCAGAUCCGCAGCAAGACAAGUAUAAAAGAAGGAUUACUACUGAAGCAAACCAGCUCUUUUCAGAGGUGGAAAAAGCGUUAUUUCAAACUUCGAGGUCGUACCCUUUACUAUGCUAAGGAUUCAAAGUCUCUAAUAUUUGAUGAAGUUGACCUGUCAGAUGCCAGUGUAGCUGAAUCAAGCACAAAAAAUGUCAACAACAGCUUCACGAUAAUAACUCCAUUUAGGAGGCUAAUAUUGUGUGCUGAGAACAGAAAAGAAAUGGAGGACUGGAUAAGCUCUCUGAAGUCCGUUCAGUCCAGAGAACACUAUGAGACCGCACAGUUUAAUGUGGAACAUUUCUCAGGGAUGCAUAACUGGUACGCCUGCUCCCACGCCAGACCCACCUUCUGUAACGUGUGCAGAGAGAGCCUCUCUGGAGUCACUUCUCACGGCCUGUCUUGUGAAGUGUGUAAGUUUAAAGCACAUAAAAGAUGUGCUGUCCGAGCAACAAAUAACUGCAAAUGGACUACAUUAGCCUCAAUUGGAAAAGACAUCAUUGAAGAUGAAGAUGGUAUAGCGAUGCCUCACCAGUGGUUAGAAGGAAACCUGCCCGUCAGUGCCAAAUGCGCUGUCUGUGACAAGACUUGUGGCAGUGUUCUGCGCCUGCAGGAUUGGAAGUGCCUUUGGUGUAAAGCUAUGGUUCACACGGCCUGUAAAGAUCUGUACCCUCGUAAAUGUCCACUUGGCCAAUGUAAGGUAUCGAUCAUCCCUCCAACAGCACUAAACAGUAUAGACUCCGAUGGUUUCUGGAAAGCCACAUGCCCGCCAUCCUGUGCCAGUCCUCUUUUAGUUUUUGUUAACUCAAAGAGUGGAGACAAUCAGGGAGUAAAGUUUCUUCGUCGAUUCAAACAGUCGUUAAAUCCAGCUCAGGUCUUCGAUUUAAUGAAUGGAGGACCUCACUUAGGUUUGCGGUUAUUUCAGAAGUUUGACAACUUCAGGAUUCUUGUGUGUGGUGGCGAUGGAAGCGUGGGUUGGGUCUUGUCAGAAAUUGAUAAGCUCAGCUUGCACAAGCAGUGUCAGUUAGGAGUGUUACCCCUCGGUACUGGAAAUGACCUUGCUCGUGUCCUUGGCUGGGGAGGAUCCUGUGAUGAUGAUACGCAACUUCCUCAGAUUUUGGAAAAGCUAGAACGAGCCAGCACGAAAAUGUUAGACAGGUGGAGUAUAAUGUCAUAUGAACUGAAAUUACCAACAAAGCCUUCUAUUCUUCCUGUGACUGCAGAAGAGUCAGAGGAGUGCCAGAUAUCUGCUUAUGAGGAUUCAGUUGCUGCUCAUCUUGCAAAAAUUCUCAAUUCUGAUCAGCAUUCAGUUGUCAUAUCAUCUGCCAAAAUAUUAUGUGAAACUGUAAAGGACUUUGUUGCCAAAAUAGGGAAGACCUACGAAAAACCAAUGGAAAAUGCAGAGGAAGCGGAUGCCAUGGCCAUUAAAUGCUCAGAGUUAAAUGAAAAGCUGGACCUAUUGCUCCAGGCUCUUCACACAGAAGCCCAGGCUGCUCCCAUUCUCCCAGGCAUUGCUCCCCCCAUCGUGGAAGAAGAACCAGAGGAGUUCUCAAGUGAAGAUUCCUUGUCUGAAAGUAAAGAGCAGUUAGCAGAGUGUGUCUCAAAGUCUUCCCAGAAGCUCUUCAAACCAAGGCAACAGUUGAUGCUCCGAGCAAACAGCUUGAAGAAGGCGGUGAGGCAGAUCAUUGAACAAGCAGAAAAAGUUGUGGAUGAGCAGAAUGCUCAUAGUGAAGAACAAGUGAACCAGUCUCCAGUAGAAUACAGCAAAGAAUUGGAUGAAUCCAAAGAAGAGGAAAAAGAGGAAGAUACAAAGGAACUUGAGUCUCCAUCAACUAAAACUGCACCAAGAUCUCCUGAUAGACGUACAAGCCGAGGUAUCCAUUCUCAGACAGGUUCUUUCUCUGCCCCAGCUUUGGCAGCAAGCAAAGAAAACCUCCCAGUACUUAACACAAGGAUUAUAUGUCCAGGUUUAAGGGCUGGUCUAGCUGCUUCCAUUGCAGGAAGUUCAAUUAUUAGCAAAAUGUUGCUAGCAAACAUCGAUCCAUUUGGUGCUACGCCGUUUAUUGACCCGGAUCCAGAUUCCUUGGAGGGAUAUUCAGAAAAAUGUGUCAUGAACAACUACUUUGGAAUUGGGUUAGAUGCAAAAAUUUCCCUAGAAUUUAAUAACAAGCGAGAAGAGCACCCUGAAAAAUGCAGAAGUCGGACGAAAAACAUGAUGUGGUAUGGAGUUCUUGGCACAAAAGAGCUAUUGCAGAGAACUUACAAGAACUUAGAACAAAAAGUUCAACUUGAGUGUGAUGGACAGUACAUCCCCCUUCCAAGCCUGCAGGGCAUAGCUGUGCUAAACAUUCCCAGCUAUGCUGGUGGGACUAAUUUCUGGGGUGGAACCAAAGAAGAUGAUAUAUUUGGAGCUCCAUCAUUUGAUGAUAAAAUCUUAGAAGUUGUUGCUGUAUUUGGCAGCAUGCAGAUGGCAGUGUCCAGAGUCAUCAAACUGCAGCACCACAGGAUAGCUCAGUGUCGGUCAGUAAAGAUCACCAUACUUGGUGAUGAAGGGGUUCCAGUACAAGUCGAUGGAGAGGCAUGGAUCCAGCCCCCAGGAGUUAUUAAGAUCAUACAUAAAAACAGAGCUCAGAUGCUAACACGAGACAGAGCCUUUGAAAACACCCUGAAGUCUUGGGAGGACAAGCAGAAGUAUGAUUCCUGCAAACCUGUCAUUCGAUCUCCCUUGUACCCUCAGCAAGCUGUUGAGUUGGCUACAGAAGAAGAAGUUGCACAGAUCCAGUUGUGCUCACAAGCCGCAGAAGAACUUAUUACCAGGAUCUGUGAAGCAGCAAAAGUACAUGGCCUCUUGGAGCAGGAGCUUGCUCAUGCUGUUAAUGCAUGUUCACAUGCAUUAAAUAAAGCCAACCCAAGGUUUCCUGAGAGCCUUACCAGAAACACUGCCAUGGAGAUAGCUGUCAAUGUGAAAGCCUUACACAAUGAAACAGAAUCUCUGCUAGUAGGAAGAGUUCCUUUGCAGUUAGAAGCUCCCCAUGAAGAGCUGUUGUCUGAUGCUUUGCACAGUGUGGAAAUAGAGUUGAGAAAACUUGCUGAGAUUCCUUGGCUUUAUUAUGUUUUUCAACCAAAUGAUGAUGAGGAUCCCCCUCUGGAUUAUGCUAAAAGAAACAAUAGAAGUACAGUGUUUCGUAUAGUGCCAAAGUUUAAAAAAGAAAAAAUUCAGAAGCAUAAGACCAGCUCUCAGCCUGUUCAAAAAUGGGGCACAGAUGAAGUUGCUGCUUGGCUGGAUCUGCUCAGUUUGGGAGAGUACAAAGAAAUCUUCAUCAGCCAUGACAUCCGAGGCUCUGAGCUUUUACAUCUGGAAAGGCGAGACCUUAAGGACCUGGGGAUAACGAAAGUGGGUCAUAUGAAGCGAAUUCUCCAGGGAAUUAAAGAGCUCAGCAAGAACACCCCUUUGUCUGAAGUGUAAUUAUGCUGGUGCUUUUCUUAAAGAGAGAAGAGAAAGUUGCUGGAGAAGCAAAGCUGUUGCAGGCACUUGGCUGUCCUUGUAGUUUAUGGAAGAAUAACCACUGGUGUUUGUACAGGCUAGCAUCUCUGAAUUCUUGUGUGGUGAAGAACUUGCAGCAAGAGUACAAAAGGAUUUGUGCCAAAACAAAAAGGAAAAGGUGAUAUGUUCUGCAAAGAUGUUUUCUUGGUGUGCAAAUUGGCCAGUUUGGAUAAGCCCACUUUGGUAAAUCGAUCGGUUGAUGGUGAACUGCACUGACUGGAAAAUAUAAUCAAGGAAUGAUUGCUUUGCUUACAUGCAGCUCAGUAUGCCUCUCUUUAUGCUGCAGCAAGAUGCCACUGAACAGCAUGAGGUCAUCUGGUUUUCCUUCCGAGGCGCAGCUCUGUAAGCCCUCGUGUGCAGGAGAGCAGGAAGCCUGGAAGGUUUGACCCGUGAGCCUGGCAGUGCCGCAGGUAUCCAGCACUCGCUGGCCAUGCAGAAGAGGGGAGAGAUACCUCGUGAUACCAUGAAUGCAGACUAUAAUGCAUGGUGUGCCUGCCUGAAUUGUCUGUUGUUCUGUUGCAUGACACAUCUGAUGCUUUAAACACUUGAACAACUUUUAUAUCGGUUUGAAUGAGAUUUAAUUUAUUGCUACUUGAGUGUCUUUUUUUUUUUUUUUUCCUCCAGUUUCAGGCACUUUUCUAUUCUUCAGUGUUGUGUUAUGCCUAAAAUGUGUUCUAUGGCAAAGGGUGUGUGGGUGUGGAAACUUAGCAUUUGUGCCAUAUUCAGCAGAUUAUAUAUGAUUGAAUCACUGUACAGUUAGAUUUUUAAAUAUAUCAUGUACAGAAGGUUUAUCAGGUAACUAACUUAUGAGAAUUUUUGAAAGACCGGUACCUCACAAAAACAUCAAUUGGCUUCCUGCAUGGAAAAUUAUAAAGAAUCUUCUCAAUGGUGCAUUUUAAUGUAGUUAUUCAGUUAUCUUAAACAGCUGUAGCAUAUUUGAACUUGUAGGCACUAAUGGUUUUAUUUAUUCUAUUGUUCAAAAGCAGGUUUAAAUAUUAAUGAAAUUUUCUUAAAGAAAAAUUUAAUUUUAUUUAUCAUACAUAAGAAGAUAUUUAAAAUGUAGCAGCUGAUUUGAUUUUUGUGGGGUAAACUUUUACUUGUUGUUGAUUAACUAUUAAUUUAAAAAUGCAUCUGUGUGCAUUUCUUUACAAAGGUAUCAAUUUGUUUCUUGACAGCACUCCACCAUCAGUAGACUAUAAAAAUGAAAAAACCCAGACUAUAAGGUUUUAGGCUAUGCAUGCUAAGAUGAAUCACAUGCAAGACAGUAAUCCAUGAGUGUAAACAGGUUAAAAAAAUUAAAACCAUCUUUGUUUAGAUAUUGCUCUAGACCAGAGUUUGUAAGGUUAUUUACACUUUACUUAAAUGAAACAGGUUCAUUAUUUAACUUCCUGGUUAAGUUUUCACAAAAUUAUUAAUCUAGACGGAAAAUAAAUUUUAGAUAUCUACAAAAAAAUCCUACCUACCUGUUUGAGAUGAGAUAACUUUGCACCACCUGCCAGAAAACUGGCACAGAAUUGCUCUCUCCUUGCUGUUUCUAGCAAUGUGUCAUUGUAGCACAAGGAACACUUGACUUUCAUUAAUCAAGUAGCUUUGAUGUUUCCUAAACAUUACAGAGUAUCGUAAUAUCUAUGUAUGUUUUCCUCAUGAGCACCAGAGUUAGGUUUAAUUUGGUUUUUACCAAAACUUAUUUUCUUGUAUAGAGGGGACAAUGUCAAGUACUGCAUCCUGAUUUUGCCCUCCAUUUCUCAUGCAUAUGACCGGAGUUGUUCCAUGGCAAGUAGAUGGGACUCAUCCCUUGGAAAGUCAAAUCUAUUAUACUUGUUGUUUUAUUGGAGAAAAAAAAAAUCAAAAUAAUCAAAACAGGCCUAAUUUUUAUCUUAUUGUAGUUCCUUGUCUUCUUGCUGCUGUAGGUUCAACAGGCACCACUCUGGGAGUUCUGUGGACAUAAUGAUUAUUCUGGUAAACAAACAAAAGUAAAACACUAUUUUCUAUUAGGUUUUGCAUACAAAAUAAACCAAAAUGCAUUUGCCAAAUGAUAUGACUUUCAGGCUGUUGUUUGAAAAGCAUAUGAAAAAAAUGGAAAGUUAGGCAAACAGUGGAAAGUUUGUUGGUUUUGGUUUUAUUUUAAAGUACUUGACAUUCACCCCUUUAAUGACAUUUAGGUGACAUCUGCAAAGUCUUUGUAAGCUUUAUUUCCUUUUCCCUUUGGUUCUCCAUAAGCUGCACUGUAUUUUAACGUGUGGCAGCAUUUUAGCAUAUUGACAUUAUAGUAGACAACAUAGGUAAUCUUCUGGUCUAUUCAAGGACAUAAUACAUAGCAGAACUUUCUUUGCUUUCCUGAUUGUAAGAUACAAUCUCUUUGCAACUCUCAGCCUUGCUGUAUGUAAUGCAUUAAGAUGAGCUAUGGAUCCAAAUCUCUUCAAGUCACUGUAGAGGUCUAUGCUGAGUAUAUUAAAAAAUGGGAGCUGCUUUUGGGCAGGGAAAAUGGGAAAAUUUUGUUUGUAACACAGCUUUCUUAUGGCACUCCUCAAAUUACCUCAGUAUAGGACAACUGAUCAAUGUUCAUUUUUCUAAAUGACCACCAAAGAAUUUAACUUUGAUUGUCCUAAGCAGUUUUUUUUAAACAUGUGAAUAGGAAAAAACAAAACUGUAAGUAUCAUUAAUGCUGUAUUUAUUAGACGCCCAGGAGAGCAAAUUUUAUGCAACUCUAUGCCUUAGACUAGUGUUGGCUAUGAAGUGCAAAUGCAUCUGACAAGGAGGCUCAAAAUAUUUUUACAGGGGUUCUCUCUGGAGGUUGUGGAUUGUAGCUGUGUUUAAGUGAUGUGGCUUUUUUGAAGACCUGAACAGUGUUACUCUCUCAUGGUUAUUCUAAAUAUUGAGGCUUUUUCCUUAGUGCUGUAAAAGUCCCAGCUCCUAGAACUAAAUACAUUUUUUUAAUGUACUGUAUUCUCCCUAAUUUAAUCCUGCUGUAAAAAAUGCUUCAAAGCACACAUCCCAAUAUCUUAACAAAACCAAGGUAAACACAUCCCCAAAAGCAGUUAGCUUUUUAGAAAACAAGAUCCUGUGGAGCCUGAUUCAACAUGCCAGGUUUAUCAAGACAAUCCCUAUACAAAGUUUACUGGAUUAAUUUUUUCCUCCCCAGUCAAAUACAUACGAUUUCUGUGGUCAGUGUCCAUUAAAGCCUGAAGGGAGAGCAGAGUAAUCUGCAUUUUUUUGUAGUGGUUGGUAUUCAUAUAGUUGAAAAGCUCUACACCUCAGAGAGAGGAACACAAGAGCUGCACGUUUUGAAAUUGCAGCAGGUUUCUAAAUAUAAGUUGCUGUUUUGUCAUUUUCAAGUAGGAUUUUCUCAGUGCACUGUAUUUGAUUGCUGUAGCAACCUCUGACUUAGAUCAUGCAAGUUUUGCCUUUAUAAAGCCUCAUGACUUCUUUUUAGAAAUGGAAUGAAAUCAAGCCAGCUCAUAGUUUUAGGUGUUGGGGAUGUUUUGCAAUAAUUCAAAGAAAAGAAGACUCAAAAAUCAAUUUUUUUUAUAAGAUGGCAAGGGAAAUUUUUCUUUGGUACAUUUUUAUGUCUCUCCCCUUAACACUAUUCUUUUCUCCUGAGUGUCUCUUUCUUUCAAAGAAAAAUGCUUUGAACUUGGAAAAACAGUAAAGUGUAAAGCAUAUGAUCAAAAACCCUCCCAGACUAUUUCAUUCCAGUAUUUCUUAUUUUGGGACUGGAAUUAACAUGCUUGGUCCUGUAAAUAAUAAAUAGAAAUCAUUAUCUCUCUAUCCCUGCCCAAAAUAAUUAAUACUGCAAUGCUGCGUUGCUGUAAUUCAAAGGAGAGGUGUUGAUUUUUUUUUCAUAAAUGUCCAUUUUAUAUUUUCCCAUGCUUUUUGUAGAGAAAUAGAUAACCCGCCAAUUUUACUUUUUAAUUGAACUUGCUCAUGCUAUUAAUGAAAAUUUCAUGAAGCCUUGAUAAUGAACAUUACUUCAAGGGUAAAAUUCUCAGUGUUUUUCAAUGCAUGUGGUUUCAUUUCAGGAACACUGGCAGAAGACCUUUUUCACAUGUAAUGGAAAAAUAAUAUAUAAAGCAAAUAUGAGAGGAUAUUCCAUAGUCCUACUUUAAAAACAGUUGUAAUAAUAUAUUUGCAAGACAAAACCCCCUAUGGUGAUUCCAUUUUUCUUGAUGCUUCCUGCUAAUGAUUGCAUUAGUAGUGCUUACAGCUAUUUCUGCAGUGUUCUCUGUGUCCCCCUAAAUAUUAAGUUCUUGGCUAUAAGUUCAACAGUUCUGGUAAUUAAUAAUUAGCAGUGCAAAAAGUAUUUGUGAAAGGUAAAGUCACAAGGAAUGUAUCUCACUGAGGAUAACUGAGCUGGAGCAAUUUGUUUAGCUUACAACCAGAAAAUCAUCUUGUCACUUGUAUGAGUGAGAGCCACAGAAAAUAAAAUUAAAGAAGUAAUUUUAAAUUUAUUUUUUUCACCCCAAUAACUUAUGUACCUCUCAACUGCAGCAUCCUGUAUACAUUUAUAACACAGGCUGUCCUGUAUUUUUUAUUCUGUUUUCAUGGAUUGUAUGUUUUGUGGUAUGAUUUUCAUAUCAUCAAGAUUUGAUGCUGCUUAUUCUAACUGCGAGGAUUUAAUGUUUGCAAGAACUGUACAUGACUGUAUUGCUGUCUUAAGGAACAAGUUUUUGAUGACUUGAGGAAGCUGAGGAGUUUGGACAGGAUUUAAGCUUUGGUCAGGACUUGAAAUAUCUCUGCUUUCUCUUCAGAGAUGAAUAGUAGCAUCAGCAGAAAUGAUAAAGUAUCAUUUGGUAAUUAUCAAUAUAAAUUCUUUACUGGUUGUAUAAAUUUCUGUAUUUAUAUCUAGAGUAUAAUGUGGAAUGGAUCUUUUAUACAAAAAGAAAAAAAAAUUUUCUAGUUGUUUUCUACUACUGUUGCAUUAGUAGAACUUGCAUUUCAUAGCUCUGUAAAGUGUUAGCUUACAUACUUGAAAUGAUUGUUUCUGCCAUACAGAAGACCAGUGUGUUUCUCAGAAAUUAUAAUCCAUUUGGAAGCCAUCUGGAGACCCUGAGAGGACUAUUUCUGUAGCCAGUUGGAGCUAAUACCAAAAUUCAUAGCAACUUCUUUAGGCUUAAUAAUGAUCACCCUCAAUACUUUACCUGAAAAAAAAUUUUGAAAGGUUUGUGGAUUUUUUCAGUGCAUAGAAUUAAUCUUAAAACAUCAUCCCUUUGUUAUAUGUAAUUUAGAAAAUAUUAGUGUUGUUAACACUUUUGCAAAGAAGCAGCAUGCUGAUGAAUACAUACCCAAGAGUGUUCCUGGGCAAAUUUUAAUCAAUUUAGCUGUAGUGGUUAAAGACUUAUCACCUUCAGAACACUCAACAGAAAAUUCAUAUGUGCACAUGAUAGAAUUACAAACAUCUGUUUUAAAUAAUUAAAGGCUUGUUUACCAGUUGACAAAAACUUGAUGAGCUCUCUGAUGGGAUUUUGAGUUUCUAUAACCUAUUGCUUGUAUUAGUGGGGCAGAAGAAGUUGGUGCCUCAUUUAUGUUAAACACCAGUCAUGCCUUUAUUAAUGUUUCUGCGUUGCUUCCCUGCUCCUGUGUCUGGAUGAGCUCCCAGCUUCUGGCAAGAAGAGACCCUUGCAUGUCUCUCCAUGGUUUCUGUUCAGAAGAGCUGGACAGGCAGGCCAGGAAAAAGCUAUAGGGUGCUUGAGCAGAGAAAGAUACACCAAGGCUUCAGGCUCCAAAGCCUAGCAUAGCCAUGGUGGACUAAAAUCUUUUAAGUUGUAUUUUUACAGUCCCUGCUGGAAGCUCUGUCUAACAGUUAACAUGACCUGCCAGAGUGCCCUUGGAAAGAGAACUGUUUUGGCUAACUCUACCAGCUGUGUAAGACAUUGAAGAUACUGAACAUUAUGGUAGCUAUUAGUAGGACAAUAUCCAAAUGGCCAGUGAAUAUUUUAGUCUGUGAACAAAUACUUUGGAAAACGAUAGUUUGUAGUAUUAUUCAAAGACUAGUGUUAGGAAGAAGCUACUGAAUAUAAAUGCAGUGUGGUAUAAAAUUUUAAGUCAUUUGCAACUAUCUUUUUCCAAAUUCAUUGGAAGCAACUAUUUUAGGGAGCUGUGGUGAUCCCAGUAGACAGGAGCGUGUGAACUGGAAGUGGGAACAGGAAGAAAUGAACUAAAAGUAAAAUUGGAUGGUUUGUUUUCAUUAUGGAAACUGUGUGUACAGCCAAAAAAAAAAUCGCCAGAGUGCCCCAAAUCCCUUCUAUGACUUUUUAAAGGGAAUAGCAUUUUAAGCAUUUUUUUAACUAAAGCAUUAAUUGGAUAAAAAACAAUUUAAUUAAUAACCUGAUGACAGUGUCAUUAACAGGGAAUGAGUUAGAGACACCACUGUUUUUCUUCUGGUGUUAGUUGAAGUAAGCUCUGUUUGGGACUAAUUCUCUUUGCAGUCAUGGUCAAUUAUUUUGUGAAUGAGGAGAUUGAGGAAAGCCAUUCAGAGCUGCUUGGUCUUGCUUUUCAGGGAUGGAGAGAGCACGUGUGCUGAACAGUAGGGCCUGGAGGCUUUUAAUGAGAAUUUCAAGGAUACAAGAUUUUCUAGUUGGAUAGUUUAGCAAGGUUUACAAGGAGCACACAGGCAUGCAGAUUCUCACUGUGAAGGUUCCUAGUAGCACUGUCCUCUCACAAGAUGCCAUGUCUAUACAUGCCAAAACAGGCAUUUCUCUGUGCCUAGCCACAUUCCAGAGGAUUUUCUAUAGGCAUCUGUCACUUGUGGUGUCUGUACUUUCUGUCUUGGUUUUAUAUCUCUUUAAAUCAGGUACCUUGAAAAAUGUGUUUGGUCAUAUUCAACAAAAAUUACCAUUUUUCCCACUCAAGGAGCACAGCUUGUGGCUCUAUCCUGAAAUAAUUCGUUUCAUUAGCCACUUUUUUACAUCAUAUCCUUUGAAUCCUAAAAGAGCUGAAACUGUUUUAGGCACCUCCCUAGAGCUGCCAGUUACCUUAGGAAUUUAAUAUGCUUGUGUCAAUGGGAUCAUCAAAAGGCAAGGUGAUAUUCACAGUGGCAGAUGAGACAUGCAAUAGAUGGGAUUUGCACAUAAGGAGUACAAGCUGUUGAGAUGCUCCUGGAAAGUGAAGGGAGCCUGAUCUCUGCAUCUUCCCUCUAGCUCUUCUUUGUUCUGUCAUCACACACAAAUAAUUUAACGUCAUAUAAUAUUAGCAGAUUCUUGUCUUAAUUCAUGGUGAUAGCAAACCUAACAAAACUUCUCACUGUCACAUCUGUCUGUCUAGAGCAGGUGUCUUCAAAUAUUGAGCACUAUGGAAUUGCAUUAUUGUAUUUUUAAGGUGUAUUCUGGGAAUUAAGAAAGGUAAAUUUCAUCUAAAGGUAUUUCAAAGGUUCUGAGAGGAUCCCAGCCCAGCAUGGGUGGUUUCUGUCAUUAGCCAGAUUUGUGAAUUACAGUGGUAUUCCAGUCAAGUACAUCUGUUCAUUAAUUCUGUAGUAACAUCCACUUACAUGCAUGAGUGGAUGCAUGAACUACACAUGGAAGCAUUGCAGAGAUGGGACACUGUCUUGUUCUCUGCAUAACUCAGAUAUUUUUGUCUAAAUGGCAGUUUGCAGUAAAAAGCUGAAACACGUGAUUUCCACUCAAUCCAAACCUAUAUUCAGUUGAAAAUGAAAACCUCUAACAUGGUUUGCAUGGGUUUAGGUAAAUUCUGAUGUGUACUCAGUAGUUUCUGCCCUUUGUUUCCCCUUCUUCCUCUUCAUUCCACAAGAAAGUCCAUCAUCUUUGCAGUCAUAUAAAUCUUUUGGGAGUUAGGCAUAUGCUGUGCUUUAAACAGUAUUUCAGGCUCCUUGGAGAUUAUUCUUGUAUUUCACUUACAG